AUGUUCUCUUUACCAACAACACCUAAUACAACCGUACCUUCACUUUUGUCGUCGACAAUAACGACGACAACAACAUCAUCAUCAUCAUCCACACCAAAUUCUGUGGUAUCCGCCGAGAAGACGCAUGGAAUAGCAAUCGAUGAGCCGUCGGUGGCUCAUCAAGCCAUUCUAUUUAUUCUCGAUGUGCUCAUACGUAACAAUCAAGCUAUGCCUAUUGUGAAGCUUUAUGAUAGCUUCGCUGAUCGAACAUUUACACCUCAAAUGUUACGUGCUGUCGGUGGUAAUGAGCAAGGAUUACAACAAUUCUUGCUUCGAUAUCCAUCAUUAUUUACAGUAAAUAAUGAUACUGUAUCAGCUAAUAGUGCAACACCAGUACGUACAAUAAAUUCAACAAAAUCUCAUCAUAAUAAAAAUAAAUCUAUGAUAUCAUCCGCCUCGACUAACGAGGCGAAUGAAAAUAUAAGUGGAACAGAAACAAUGACAACAUUAUUAAAUAAUGAAACAGUAUGGGAUGCUAAAACAAUGCGUGAAAUAGAACAAGAAGCAAUAAAUUUUUUUAAAAAACAAUUAACUAAAAGAGAAGAAGAAUGGUUACCAAUUGUUAGUGUUGCUGGACAUGCAUCACAAGCAUCAGCUGAUGUACGAAAAUAUGUUGGACCACAAAAUGAAUUUAAAGUAUUUCUUUUACGUUAUCCAAAUAUUUUUAUUGUUCGUGAUGAAUUUUGUGGUCUGAAAGGUAAAGCAGAUUUACCUGGUAUACUAUUUCCACCUCCAUCACCACCACCAAAACGUCGUAUUACAUUAUCAAAUAAUAAUAUGAUGAAUGGUAGUGGAAAUAAUUCAAUGUUAACACGUUCAACAUCAUUUAAAUCAGGUACACGACCAAUAAUUGGUAGUAAUAAUACAAAUAUAAAUAAUACAUCAAUGCCAAAUACACCAACAAAUAGUACAAAUUCAUCAAUGUUACUAUCAUCAUUAUCAACAACAACAACAACAAUACCAACAAUAACACGUAAUACAAAUCAACGAUUAACACCAAAUGAAGUUAAAGCUGUACAUUAUGUAAUGCGUUUAUUACAUAAAAAUGGUCGUGUUUUACUCCAAACUGUACCAGGACUAAUAGCUCGUGCGCCUGAUCAUUUAGCACAAUUAAUUGGUUUUACACGUGAUGAUCUUAUAACAUUUUUUAAACGACAUAAUGCUAUAUUUCAAUUACAUACAGAUGGUACAGUUAGUGUUAAAUCAGAAGCUGCACGAGCUUUAUUAAAUAAAAAUGAUAAUAUUCAAACAUCAUCAUCAACACAAUUAUCUCAAACUCAACAACAACAACAACAACAACAACAACAACAACAAACAUCUAUAACAGCAUCAGGUGUUGUUAUACGUAUUUUUCCUAAAUAUGGAAUAUUAAAUAUGGAUAAUAAUGAACAAGUUUUUUUUGAUAUACAAUCAUGUCAUUUUGAAACAUUUAAUGAUCUUACAUGCGUACUUAAUCCCGGCGAUUCAAUGAAUUUUAAUGCUAUACUUGGUCCAAAAGAAGGUUCAACAAAAUGGAAAUCAUUAAAAACUUGGCCACGUCAAAAUAAUCGUCCUGCUCAAUUAAUAACACCAACUUCAACAAGUAAUUCAAAUUCUUCAAUAUCACAUGUUGUUCAUUCGGCAAGUACAAAUAAUUUAUCAUCAAUUUCAUCAAGUAAUGGUGGUUAUAUAUCACCUCCAUCAUUUGAUCAUUAUUCAACAAAUCAUCAUCAUCAACAACAACAACAACAAAAUUCUCAACCGUCUAACGGAUAUGCACCUAUUGAUCAAGAUUUAAAUGCUUAUCAAAUGUCUAAUGAUACAAAUGGUGGACUUGAUGAAUCAAUUGAUAAUAAUACAAAUGAAAAUCAAUCUCCACCAAUGUCACUUAUGAAUUCGACUGGUUCAAAUCGACAUAGUCGUAUUGGUUUACCAACUCUCGAUGAAGAACAAUGUCCAUUACCUAAAAUGGCUGGUGGUCUUGAUGCUGAAGUUCUUCGACGUAAUUUACAAAAAGUAGUACAACGUAAAAAUGCAAUAUCAUUACGUGAACAAGCCGAUGAAACAGGUCGAUAUGUAUCACAAGGUUGUCAAACAACAUCAACAGGAGAAAUUUUAGCCACAAAUAUACAUAUCGAAUAA